AUGAAGGUCCCCGCUGCUUUCCUCCUUGCGCUCGCCGGCGCCGCCGUUGCCCAAGAGGGAGGAUUCGGGCUCCCUACGUGCGCCAACGACUGCGCGACCCAGUUCCUGCAGGGCGGCAUCGGCGACUGCGGCAGAGACGUCGGGUGCAUCUGCAGGAACGACACCUUCCUCGGCGAGAUCGCGUGCUGCCUGACCGACGCGUGCAGCGAGGAGGACCAGGCCAAGGCCGUAGCGGCCGCCGCCAACAUCUGCGAAGCCGUCGGCGUGAGCGGCCUGCCGACCUCGGUCGCCUGCGCGACCGCCUCCUCCGCCGCUCCCACCAGCGCCUCCGGCACCGCCUCCGGCACGUCGCCCGCCCCGACCGGCAGCGGAGCCGCCGCCACCCAGAGCCCCGACCCCGAGAACACCACCAGCGAGAGCACCAACUUCGGCCCGCGCCCGACGGCGGCCGCCGGCCUCGGCGCCAUCGGCGGCAUCAUCGCUGCCGUCGCGCUCCUGUAA